AUGUUUCUAUUUCCUCUCUAUGUGCUACAGGAGGACUAUCCUUACAGAGUACCCAGAGAUGAUCCACAUACAGGACGGCCUAUGGAGUUUGGCAACCGUGCACCACCCCCUCAUAGUGUGCGAAACCAGGGCAUCUACCCAGCACCCAGAUCACUCCCAGAGAGCGGAGAAGACACACUAGUACAAGCCAUCCUUAACCUGGACAGAGGGGAGGACAGAGACCAUUACAGGAGAAAAGCAGCACCAUUCCCUCCUCUCAGAGAGCGCUCUCCUGUCCGCCGUGAGAUGGCCCGCUCCCCCCACAGUCGCUCCGGUUCCAGUGUCAGCAGCAGAGGCUACUCACCAGAUAGAGCCAAAGGCCUGCCAUUUCCCUCACAAGGCAAGAGGUAUGAAGAGACUUAUUCUCAGAGCAAGAUGUCUGACAAAAUUCCUGGCCUGUCAAGAGAGGGCUCUCCACACAGUGCAACCUCAAACAAGGAGGAGAACCAUCCUCCAGAAGGAGAAAAAGAGGAACUGUUGGUGGCUCCUGUCAUGGACGACAGCCAAAAGUCUACAGACAACUUUCUAGAGCGACGAGCCAUGGCCAUAGCAGCUAAAGCCCAGGAGAUAGAAAAGGUGUACCGUCAAGACUGCGAGACAUUCGGCAUGGUGGUGAAGAUGCUAGUGGCUAAAGAUCCCAACCUGGAGAAGCAGCUGCAGGUUCCCCUCAGGGAGAACCUCGGGGAGAUCCGUGAACGUUGCCUAGAGGACCUCAAACACUUCAUCAGCGAGCUGGAUGAAGUUGUCCGGCAACCAGAACCGUCCGUCUGUGAUUCGACCACCCCCUCUGCAUCCCUUACCAGUCAUAAACUUUCAAAGACGGCGGUCAAUCACAGCUCAAGUUACUGACACAUUGGCCUGAUCUGCUCUGUUUGUGUGAGACUGAUCAUGGUAGGAUUGACUGCUGAACAUAAUGGAUACUUUGGAUACAUUUUGGAUUGCUGGAAGCUACUCUGCAGCACAUCAACAUAAAGAACAACUCUACAUGAAUAAAGGAUGCAGUGGUGCACUCUAUGUGGGGAUAAACAGUGUUAGUUUUAAUAGAUCAUUUCUACUUUCAUGUUCUGUUGAAAGCUGUUGAUUUAUUAAAUAUUUAAAAUUUUUCAACAAAGAAUGAUGUUAAAAAAAAAAAAAAAAAAAAAAUACCAGUCUUUCAUCACCAUGGAAGUGGUCAACAUGGGUUUUAUUCUCUAACUCUCCCUUAGUUGAAACAAAACACUUGGAAGUGCUCCAGCAUGAUCUUUUUUUUUUCAAUAAGAAAAGCCAGAUAAGACAAUGUUUUUUGUUGUACUUAGGCUAUUUCAGUUUCGUUUUGAUGCAGUCAGACAUAUGACUUGGUGCUGCUAAAUUCCCACCAGUUCGUAGGUUCUUGUACACAUUUUGUACUGUCUCAAAGUGCCAGUUCAGUUCCUUUUUAUUGUGUUGUGUUUUGCUUUUCAAACUUUAUAUUUUGACCUCCCCACUACCCCAAAAAAACCCAAGCCUUGGUUAUUUUGAUGACAUUGAGACAAGGUUUUGCACAAAAUGUGUUUGAAGGUUGUAGUAAAACAAUUUCUGUUAACUUUUGUUGUUGGUUUUAUUGUCAUCUAUUAACACAAGUUAAAUGAAAAUAUAAUAUAAGGUAUUAUAGAAAUAUGAGGGAAAAAAAAAAUAUCUAAGAUGUGUCUCCAUGAAACAUGGUUGUCUAUUAGCAUGGUAUCAGAUCCUCAUAAACAUGA